CCCUGUGCUUUCUUUUCCUUCUGAGUCUUAACUCAAGCAGUUUAUGGAAUCACUGGCAAAGGCUGAGUCUGUCCACUGCCAGCAUGAUCCUGACACUGCUUCUCGGUCUCGGGGGUACCCUGGGCUGGGGGUUGCUGGGGGCUCAGGCCCAGAUCCCCAGUACCAGAUUCUCUGAUCCACACAGCCGCAGGCUGUCUGGGGUCUGGAGGGCAGAGGCUGAGGACAUCGACAGGGACUCCAUCAGACGUAACUGGUGCCCCUACCAGAAGUCCAGGCUGGUCACCUUCAUAGCCGCUUGCAAAACAGAGAAAUUCCUCGUCCACUUGCAGCAGCCAUGUCUACAGGGGGCUUCGGACUGCCAGAACGUCAAAGUCAUGUACCGCAUGGCCCACAAGCCAGUGUACCAGGUCAAGCAGAAGGUGCUGGCCUCUGUGGCCUGGAGGUGCUGCCCGGGCUUUGCUGGCUCCGACUGCCAGCACCAUGAUCCCACUGUGAUCCCUGAGCCUACAGAUCAAGGUGAUGGCCUCCAGGAGCCUUGGGUUGGACAAGUUGGCUUUGAGCCUGACCACCAGGUUGCAGAGACCAGCAACCUCGUGGUGCAGCAGGAACACCUACUGGGAGAUCUCCAGAAUGACAUUCACCACAUGGCAGACAGCCUCCCAGGCCUGGCAAGCAACCUCACAGCUGCAAUGACUGAGGCAAAUCAGACAGAGCCUGAGUUUCCUGCCAGAUCCUUGGAGCAAGUGCUACAUUUCAACCCCAUUUGGAGUAGCUUAAACCAAAGCCUGCACAGCCUCUCCCAGGCCAUCAGAAACCUAUCUCUUGGGGUGGAGACCAACCGACAGGCCAUCAAGAUGGUUCAAGAGAGUGCCGUGCCCAGGGCUGAUGUCCAGGAACUUGGUGCCAAAUUUGAGACCAAGGUCCAGGAGAACGCCCAGAAGAUAGGUCAGCUGCAGCAGGACAUGGAGGACCGCCUGCAUGCCCAGCACCUCUCCCUGCACCAAUCCUUCUCUGAGGUCCAGGCCGAUGUGGACACCAAGUUGAAGAGGAUCCUUAAGGCCCAGGAGCAUCUGGGUUCCAAUAACAGCCUGAUGGCUGCAGCGGCAGGAGCUGCGGCGAGGCCGGAGCCAGAGAGCCUGCAGGCCAGGCUGAACCAGCUGCAGAAGAACCUCUCGGCUCUGCAUCUGGCCACCAGUCGAAGGGAAGAGGAGUUACAGAGCACCCUGGCAGACAUGAGGGCAACUCUGGCCCGGCAUGUGGAUGAGAUCAGGGAGCUGUAUUCGGAAUCUGAUGAGACCUUUGAUCAGAUCAGCAAGGUGGAGCGGCAGGUGGAGGAGCUGCAGGUAAACCACACGGCACUGCGCGAGCUGCGUGUCAUCCUGAUGGAGAAGUCGCUGAUCAUGGAGGAGAACAAGGAGGAGAUUGAGCGGCAGCUCCUGGAGCUCAACCUCACCCUCCAGCACCUGCAGGGUGGCCACGCUGACCUCAUCAAGUAUGUCAAGGAUUGCAACUGCCAGAAGCUUUACUUCGACCUGGAUGUCAUCCGAGACGGCCAGAGGGACACCACGCGCGCCCUGGAGGAGACCCAGGUAAACCUGGACGAGCAGUACCAGCGUGAGGGCUCCUCCCUGCAGGCCCUAAACAGCACGGUGGCCACCCUGUCGCUGGCGGUGGAUGCACAGCAGGCGGAAGGCGAGCGGGCGCGCGUCGACAGAGCGCGGCUCCGGAGCCAGCUCCAGGCUCUGGGUGGCGAGGCAGUGGUGUUGAGGGCCGCCGAGGGCGAGCUCCGCCGUGAGGUCAGCCAACUGCACAGCUCCUUCGCGGCCCUGCUGGAGGACGCGCUGCGGCACGAGGCCGUGCUGGCCGCCCUCUUUGGUGAGGAGGUGAUGGAGGAGAUGUCCGAGGAGGCACCAGGCCCGCUGCCCCUGCGCUAUGAACAGAUCCGCACAGGCCUGCAGGAGGCAGCCAGCGGGCUGCAUGAACAGGCACUUGGCUGGGCCGCGUUGGCCGCCAGGGUGACAGCUCUGGAGCAGGCGGCAGCGGGUGAUGGGCAGGGCCCCGAGCGCCUGGAGCUCAGUCACGAUGCGGCGCCAGAGGAGGCCGGUGAGAUGGACCCGGCGCGGCUGGCACAGGAGCUCCAGCGCUUGGGCUCCGACAUCAAGCGUCUGGGGCAGUGCUGUGAGACUUCCUGGGCCGCCUCCCUCAACAGCUCCCUGGAGGACCUCCACGGAGCGCUCUCUAUCACCCAGCGCGGCCUGGAGCAGCACCUGCAGCUCUUCCACAGCCUCUUUGGGAACUUCCAAGGGCUUGUGGCAGCCAACGUCAGCCUGGACCUGGGGAAACUGCAGGCCGUGCUGAGCAGGAAAGGGAAGAAGCAGCACAAAGAUCUGGAAGCUCCCCGGAGACGGGACAAGAAGCAAGUGGAGCCUUUGGCAGAUGCCCAUGUCAAAGUGCCAGUGCUGGGUGCCCUGGGAGCAGAGCUCCACAAGGCGGGUUCCCCUGUGGCCUUCUAUGCCAGCUUUUCAGAAGGGAUGUCUGCCCUGCAGACAGUGAAGUUCAACACUACGUACAUCAACACUGGCAGCAGCUACUUCCCUGAACAUGGCUACUUCCGAGCCCCUGAGCGUGGGAUCUACUUAUUUGCAGUGAGCAUUGAAUUUGGCCCAGGGCCAGGCACCGGGCAGCUGGUGUUUGGAGGUCACCAUCGGACCCCUGUCUGUACCACUGAGGAGCAGAGGGGUGGAAGCACGACAACCACCUUUGCUAUGGCUGAGCUGCAAAAGGGUGAGCGAGUGUGGUUUGAGUUAACCCAAGGAUCAGUAAUAAAGAGAAGCCCGUCAGGGACUGCAUUUGGGGGCUUCCUGAUGUUCAAGACCUGAACACUGGGCCCAGCUCUGACCAGACGAUGUGGACUUGCCCAGAUCUCCUUGGCCUGGGGCUCUGGCCAGGGUUGGUCUGGAGACCACUGGUUGGUCUAGCUCUUCUCUGGAGACCUUCUGCAUACAAUGGGCCUCCCUCUAGAUGCGCUGGAUUUGGGUAUUUCUUAACGAUGAGGGCUGGAAUGCUCUGGGCAGGACCUGGUUCGGACAAGCAGGCACCGUGAUGUGGUGUGCCUUCUGGGCAGCAUGGCUUGGCUUCCACCAUUUACCACACCCGCUGUUCUCCAGCUUCUCUGGUUUUCCUUCUCCUGUGGUUGGCAACUUCUGUACACUAAACCUUUCUCCCACUUCCUCGUCUCCCUAAUUUUAUGCUAGAAAAUCAUUCUUUCCCAGAAAGAAUAUGUUUAAAAUAGAGGUGACAUUUUGGACAAUAUUGGAAACCAGUCUCCAACCACUCUAGGGCAGUAGGUCAAAACCAACCUAUUUGGUUUUGGAGACAAGGGCCUGGUUGAGUGAAAGGGAAACACAAUUAGUAUCUUUUCCUUAGUUUCAGUCCUUCCUUGAAUUUACCUGUCACUUUCAUUUCACUUCCUUUUCUCCCUGCCUCAUACAGGAUAAAGGCCAAGACAUGCCAAAUAUGAACUGAAAUGUGUAUAGCUUUCACCUUUUUACUUCCUCCAAUAGCUUAUGACCACCCUAAUUUUUAUCAGCAUCUCUACCGGGAAGAGAGCUGAGGACGAAGUGAAAACAGACUGUAAAAAUCGCCCUCUAUUUCAUUACCUUUGGAAUAAAGCAAUGUCCUUCAAAUCUCUGCCUGUUUUACAUAUGGAGGGCAAAAAGAUUUGGUAAAGUAGGCAGAAAUGUGGGACAAAAUGAAACUAUUCGGGAUAAAUGUGACUUUCAUUAUUCCAGGCCAUAUUUACUUCACAGUUUCAGCGAAUUCUACAUUAAAACAAUCAGGGGCCUCUGUAGUAAGCAUUGGCAUUAAUAUCAGAUUAGACAUACAGCUCAGAGUUGCAAUUAUUCCUGCAACACCAAUAUAUGGUUUUCAAAAAACUACAGAUUGCUGAGAAAAGAGGCCUGAGAAAGCAGUCAUCUAGUUGUCAGGAAAUGUUUGUAUUUUGGCAGUAGGUAUUCAAUAUUUGUUGCAUAUACUCUUCUCCAUAAGAAAAUCAGAUUGUGCUGGGUAAUAAAAAGGACAGGCGUUAGUUGUAAGGAUUAACACGGUUCUAGCCCUUCUCAUAUUUUCUAGGGGUCAUUCAUUCAAAUAAUUGUCCUUCAGAAUUUAUUUACGAUGGAGUUUGGUGUGCUCAAUGUGCUAAAUCCUCAAUGUUAAAAGAACAGUAUGCCAGGCUACUCUGCCACUGACAGUUUGACACUGGGCUAAAUCACGGCUUUUUGUGAACAUUUUUCCAUCUGUAGUAUAAGGUAGUUAGUCUAAUAGCUCUCAUUAAGUAUUUUGUAUUUUAUUAUCUUGACUACAGGUUCAGCUCUCACCUACCUGCUCUUCCCUCUGGCCAGGGCCUCUUAACCAGUGCAGCUCUUAGCUGCCAAGACCAAUCCUGACCCAAGGCAUGGUGUAUGUGGGCCACUCCAGACCAAAGAUCAGAAAGCCAGUACCAGGUCACCCUUGCUGCUCAGAAGACCAAGCCAUGUCUGCUUUCUGCCCAAUAUUGCUAUUAUUGGUCAGGCCGUGCUGAUGACUAAGUGGAAACAUUAGGGUAAUGAAGUCUUAUCAUUUAAGAUUUUCACUUGGAAUUUAUUGCACAUAAUAAGCAGAGCAAAUUGGUCUCCUCCAGAAAGGGCACACAUCCUCCAACCCUCAUAUGGCAGAUGCUCUUCGAGAGAAGGGUUAUACAGAGAAGUACUAACUGGUAAACUCUGUUAGCAGCAUGGGUGAGUCACUCCAGAAAAGUUAAUGGGAUGAGAACUACAGAAACAAUGGUUCUUUUAGGUAGGGUGCUUUGCAUGCAAAUUUCACAAAAUCUUAAUAUCAAGUGCAAAUUUUCUGUUUUAACACUGCUAUUAUUAGGACUCCAGAUCAGCAUGAAAUCUAAAGUUCAAUUGAUAUAUUUCUUAUCUCCACUAAGGCAUCUAAAACUUGUGGGUGGAGUCUUUUUCACUGCCUUCCAAGUCAAUGCCCUGUUACUUCUGGUCAAUGUUAAAAUACCCUUCAUUUGUCGCAUCCUAAACAAGACAUCUUACUGAGUACACAGUAAUAUCAUACCUCCCCAAACCUGAUGGAAAAAAAAAUCAAAUACCAAUGAAAAACAAGAAGGGGUACCAUAAGCAGAUCAGGAAAUUUUAGUAGUUCCUAAAAAGUAGGAAGUAGAAGGGAUCAAGUAUAAAAUGAAAUAGCAAUAGGAAAUCAUAAUCCAAAACAUUUGAGUCUGUUAGAGAGAUGGGGGUGAUUUCAGAGGAGCCCCAAACUCAAACUCAGCCCCUCACACACUUGGCGGGGGGAGGAGAAAUGAUCAGUGGUAAACAGAUAGUUAAAGCAGCGGGCAGUCAGUGCCGCCAUCCUUGCCUGUACUAAGCAGCCAGCAGCAGUAGCCUCGGCCUCACAUUAGAGCAGUGCAGGUCAUCCUGAGCGCCAGUCGGGGUAGCUCCUGACCCUCUUCAGGCAGGGAGCUCCUACACCCAGACACGUGUAACCUUACUGCAAUCGAGACCCAAGAGACUCAAUCCAGAGGCGUGUCUCCACAAACUACAACAUAAUGUCAAAAUAACUCCCAACCUUUAUUUCAGAAACACCAUGAAGGGGAUAGAUAUGGUUUAUAAAAAAUGUUUCUUAGAGCUCUCCUCUCCUCCCCUGAAGCUCCUCUAGUAUCCCAUCAUUUUUAUCUGGAAAACAUCAAAAACUUGUCUUGUACCUCUAGUCUGAGCAUCCUCCUCCCACCCUCCUCCAUCAAGAAGCUCCCCCAAACCUGGCCUGAUAAUGGCAAAAUUCUGGCGGGGGGAGGGGGGAGAAGGGGGGCGCGGAAGGAGGUAAAUAAAUGGAGUGGGGAAAGCCUGAACCUUCGAGUAGUUGAGAGGAAAUGUUGCUCCAACCAGCAGCUAUUAUCCCAUUAUUGCCUAAUAAAAACAGGAAGCUGAGGAACAUGGAACUGAGAUGAGGAUUCACUAAUACAAAGAUGAGCAACUAGCCCCAAAUUGCCAAACAUUUGUGGAAAACUAGCAUCAUGAACAAGAAGAUCCGAAACUCAACAAACACAAGAUUUUGGGGUAAAUCUCUAAAAAAAUACAGAAAAUUAUAAACAUACAUCUUGAUUACUUGCCAAGAUCCUGGUCUGUAAAUAUCAUCUCCUUUAAAAUGAAAAACAGUGCUUUGGAGAAAUGGCUGACUGGGGCAAGGAAAGUACCAGAGGAGCCUGGAGCAUCUUAAUGUGCCCGGAAGGAAGAAGUGUUUUAACAAUGGUGGGCUCAUGUCAAAAGAACUCAGGAGCCAGUCUGAACUCCCAGUAGGCAAGUCUGGGUCAAUUUGGACAUCAAAACAAUGAACUAAUAAAGAUGAUAACCCAUUGACUAAAAUAAGAAUCCACAAGUCUAUAGUGAUAAGGGGACAUACACCAUGGCCUCCUGAUGGGAGGCCCUGAGGACACAAACAUCUCGUCCACAAUUUCACUGGCCUUUAUUCUAGAAAAUGUUGGUAUCACAAAAGACAAGAGCUGAACUGUUUCAGAAUGACGGUGAGUAAGGAGACAUGACAACUGAAUACAAGAUCCCAGACAGAUUCUGAACCAGGAAAAUGUGCUCUCGAGGACUUUUGUUAAAACCCCUGGCAAAACCUGAAUACACCUGCAGAUUAUAGUUUUGCUGAUAAUUGUAAUGGUAUCAAGGUUAACGUUCCUGAUUUUGAUAAUUGUACAUAAUUGAUUAUAUAAUAGAACAUACCUGAAGUAUUUAGGGAUAAAGGGCAUAAUAAGCUCUGCAAUUUACUCUAAGUAGUUCAGAAAACAGUAUGGGUAUAUAUGUGUGUGUACACGAAUUCCAAGAUGAGCCUUUGUAAUUCUAUACACAAACAGAAUGAAAAAGCAAUUGUGGCAAAAUGUAAGUUUAUGAAUCUGGUUAAAUGGCAUUUUUUUGUACUACUUUUGCAACUUUUCUGGAAAUUGGAAGUUAUUUCAAAAUAAAGUUAAAAUAAAGUUUGGUCA